ACCCCCCAGUAAUGCAGUGAUCAAGACACGGUACCUCUUCGUUAUUUGCAUCGGACAUUGAACACCGACGGCGCUGCGCCCUCGGAAAGUGCUGGGUCACGGGACUGCGUGUGUGAGAAAGAAAGCUGGAGGCAUGGAGCUUGGAUAUUGGGUGCCCGACGUCACUGAGCAAUAACCUUGCGGGGGCGACAGCCAAGGGAGACAGUAUGUGUGGGAACACAUACAGGGCGCUCUUUGGUCUUCAGGCACGGAAGAGGAAGACGGCCCGGGUCCCCCACCAAUUUCCGUGGGCUUCCGUCGUCGACCUAGCUAGGUCAGCACCGCUGCAAGUUGCGAGCCGCUCUUCUCAGCCUGGUUUGACAACCAUCUCAGACUUGGCGCUCGUUGCCCUCACUUCUUGCUCGCUGGGCUCCACCUUAGACGGAGCUGUGUUCCUUGCGUAAGCCUUUACCAAAGACCGGUGAGGGCCUCCCGAGCAGCAGUGGUGCGCUGCAAGGAGGGG